AUGACUAACCCUACUCUGGACCAGUGUUUGUUCGCAGAUUCACUUGUGACUGUGUCAGAUUCGAGCCGGGAGCUGGGAGACUUCUCUGUGAGUGUCACCAAGGCGAGCUACAAUGAGGAGCUAUGUUAUCUGCUCCAUGCCAACAGUCAUGGAAUGACGGAUGACAUUCCUUGUGGUACAUCAAUUAGAGCACUUGGGUGCAAUAAGCAGAUGAUUGGGGAAGAGUUAGUCGAUAUCUUUGGGAUUGAAAGGACUGUGUCCUCUCCAAAGGACUCCUCAGGAACUUGGCAUUGCUAUUUCUUGCCUGAUGGGCAUCUAGCAAGCAGAAUGCACUUGGGCUCACCUGCGAUUAUGAAGCUCCAGCAUUUGCCUUUCUUGCUUGAUGGAGGUUUGAAGACUUCAUCACUUUACAUGGAGAAAGACCAGAUUCCUGUGUUUGAGACAGAGCGUUUUGAUUGGACGAAAAAUAUGCAAAUGUGUGACUCAUUUUCACUCACACAGGAAGAACUCAAAGCAGACUACUCCUACAUCAGACUUCACCCUGAGCUAAAGGCUUUAUUGGGGGACUUCCUGCUAUUUCUGCUGUUGAGGAAACCUCAGGAUGUUUUCUCAUUUGCUCAUGACUUCUUUGCGCCCUUUGUCUCUCAAAGUACUCCAGGAAAAUCCCUUAAAGACUCUCAAAACUUUCCACAGGAAUAACAAACACUAACCAAUUACUAAUGUAUUGAAAAUAAAGGUUUUCUUCUA